CUGAAACUAGCAUGACUUGUUGCACUAGAAUUCAUAAGCUAACUUAGAUAAUCAUUAUAAUAGGCAAGGGAAGGGAUAGUGCAUCGAGUCUUUUAUUAUUUUUUUAGCUUCUCCUUCAUAUCUACUACAAUCUUACCAUGUAGUUCAAAGACAUAGAAAGCCUUUGAUAGUUGCCUAAAACCAUUAUUGCACCUUGGGCCUUGAAAAGAGAUUUGAGGAAGGAAAUUAAGUAACAGCACAAUGAGUUAAUAAUGUCCAGCGGAGGCUCUAUUUUGUUGAUUUAUCCUGUUAAUUAUUUACAGGUAGAGUUAUCUAUAUGGCUACAUAUGUAUUAGCUUGCAGUGGCAAGGCCAAUCUUACCACUUACCUUCCCUGCCAAUGUGUUAAACCAACUGCAUUAUUUUCAUUCGGAACAUAGAUCAUAAUUAGCGCAAAACUUAUGCUUAUCUUGGUCAAGGGGCAUUGCAUUUCCAACUCAUGACUGUCCAAGGGCCAUACAACAGAAUUCAAGCUCAUGAUUAUUUGAGGGCCAUACAUGUUCAUACUCAUGCGGGUUUUACACUAUGCAUACUAAACACUGCUGUCAGUUUGAUAUUUAUUAAUGUGCCAUCUUUCAUAUGAAAAAUAUUUGACUGUCCCUUUUUGCUGGUAGAUUCUUGGCAAUUCGGGUUUGAAGAUGGAAGCAGAGGUUCCAGUUGAUUAGAAUGAGGAUAAUACCAUUGCCUUAGUGUAGAAUACUAUAAUAUACGAAAAAGAAACUCUCUCAUAUGCUUUCCUUUUGAGUUUUUGAUGAAGGAGAUUCUUGGUUUUGGUUCCAGUUGUUGAGUCUUUGAUUACUGCAAAACCGAAAUAUGGACGAUAUAAUUUUUAACAAAUGCAUUUAGAAUUACGUUUUUCUAUGAACUUUGAUUGUUCAAUAACUUUUACUUGUUUUGAACUAGAUUUGGGAGGUUUUUUAUUUCAUGUAAAUUACCUAGGAUUUUGAAACAAGUUCCUACAUUUUUUUUUCCUGAUAUUACAUUUACAAAUACCCAGAGCACUUAUCUGGUCAAAUUUUGCCGUGCAAGUGUUUAGGAUAUAUCAAAUUAUCAAUGUAAUAGCUACUACAUAAUUCGCUCACUCAGAGCACUCGAUAAAAUAAGAACGACAUUGCUACGAUCUACAUAACUUUCAAUAGUAUCAUAACGUUAACAGGUUAGUUAUGUUUACUUUAACGUUUAAUGAAUUCCAAACUUUACUGAAUUAUUUAGCAGGUAGGUUUAUAUUCAUAAAGUUAAAUAAAAGGUCCUUGUAAUAAAUUUGUAAAUUUUGAUUUAUGUACACAUAUCCAUUGGCCUAUAGUAAAUAAAAUAAACAAUAUAUUUAUUAAUAUAUAACCAUUCUUAAAGGGACAACUAAAAGAAGAAAAUGACUUACAUAUUCUUAUAAAUCAAUACCUUCUUUGAAAUCAAGAUUUACCAGUAACCUUGUUCCAUUGAAAUUAUUACAUAUUCUUAAUGUGCUUAACAAAAUUUCUUAAUCAAUUACUUUGAAACACGUACAUUUACAAUAUAUUUGAUUCCAAUAUUCUUUCAUAUAAUCAUACGAUUAAAAGUUUUCAUCUUACAUAAUAGAAAAACAAUAACACAUGGACUAUUUGAAUUCUCCUUAAAAAGAAAACUCAUAAUUUGUUUAGCAAAUUCCUUCCAAAAAAUACAAUAUUAAUGUACUUUUUGGUCUUUCCAUCUCCUUGACUUUCUCUUAAAUCAUCUUUUUCCCCCAAAUCUCCAAUAACAUCUAAUAUUUAUGAAAAAAUAAAUAAAAAAUAAAUUCAUUUACCAUCCACUGAAAACCACGGUGAGUUAUAAAACCCUUCAUCCUUAUAAAUACCUACAAAUGAGAUUAGUCACAUCAAUUCCCUAUAAAAUCUAUGAGAAAGGAACAAAAUCAAUAGAUGCAAUUUAAUUAGAGUACUUAAGAGUAAGCACAUAUAUAUACAGAGUAAAGAGAAAUUAGUUUGAACUUAAUCUUUAUAUAUAUAUAUAUACAAAAGUACCAUGUAAGACUUUGCAACUGAAAAGACAAUGCAUUUAUAAUUAUCUAAUCAUUUUAUUUUAUAACUAUUGAAUUCUAUAAAUGCAUGAUUCUAUUUAUUAAUAUCAACUUGCACAUAUUUGCUUGUUUAAAGAUAAUUUUAAUCAAUGCAUUCAUUGUAUUGUGUUUCUCAAAAAGGCUUAAUAAUUUAUGUUAUAAGCAUUCAUUAUAUAUGAGAAUACACAAAGCUAACCUGACAAAUUCGUGCAAGAUUCAGUUAUUUUAAAAAUACUUACCCAUUUGAAUUUAUUUUUACAUUUGACCUUUGAGAUCCUAAACAACACAUACUAAAUCUUUAUAUUAAUUACUAUCAUCUACAAAUACUUAAAGGGAAGGAGAGAAGUCAUACCAAUUUUAAUUGGGAGAAAUGGAGAAGACAAAAUAAUUAACAAUAAUAUGAGAAAUAAAUUAAGUGAAAUAUUAAAAAAUUGCUAAUUAGGGCUACAAAGAUAUUACUUUAAAAUUUUAAAGUAAUUUUUAAUUAAAAUUAUAUGAAUAAUAUUUUAAAUUUCUUAACUUGAAUCUUUGAAUUUGUAGAUAGCAUUUACAUAUUAAUAGCAUAAAAUUUCAAGAUAGUUUAAAGAAGAAGCAGCUGUAAUCACACCAAAACGAAAAAUAGAAUAAUAGAAUAGUAUUUUAAAAUUGAAAUUUGUAUAUUAUAUCAAUGUCAUAAACUUUUAUUCUCCCCAGAAGAAGAUUACAAGUUGGUUAUUAACGAAUGAAUCUGGCUUCAACAUAAACGAUGAGCAGUCAGGAAAUGGAGAAAAUUAAGUUUUCAAAUUUCUCUGUAAUAGUGGAUCAACAAGAAUUGAAAAGAAAAAUCUGAACAUUGUGUUUAAGAUGCGAAAAAAAAUAUUCAGUAUCAAGCUUCCUAUAGCACCGAGAACAGAAUAUAUUUGUCAGAAUAAACUGAUUCAUUAGAAUUUUAACACGUAUCAUUGCUACCAAAAGUAUUAUCUUUAUCCAUUUAUAAAUAGCGAUAAUUAUAACUCACCCGAAAAAGUGAGAUAUUUAUCAAAGAUUUUGAUUUAUUUACGGAAAUGAUUUUGUUUGAGGCAUGAGGAGGUGAAUGGCACGCAUGCGCGUGGUGGAGGGGACGAGACAUCAGAACACUAUUAUAAAUCAUCAACAUGGUCGUGGGAGUGGCUCAUUGUAGCCGUUGGAAAGGAGUCGAAGAAACAACCUUUUGAAACCCCCAAAAAAAAAAAAAAAAGAAUCGAAAAGAAGGGGCUACCUACGAGUAACGAGCAAUUGCGGGUCCUACAAGGAAACCAUUCAUUCAUCAACGCCUCCCCCUGAGUGACCCAAAUUCACAACAUAAUAAUGCCAAUGCACAAACGUUAACCAACGAACCCAUGAUUUUGUCUAUAAUUCUGCAACAUACCCUAAACGAAACUCACUCUCUGUCUUUUUCCUCCUCAUAUGGGUCUACCCCUGUAUCUACCUCUCCCUCUCCCUCUGCUUGCUGUUCCUCUGCAAAACUCUAAACCCACCACCACCACACACAAAGGAACAAGUGAUUGCUUCAACAUUUAAUCAACUGUAGCAUCACAUGGUAGAAACCAACAUGGCUGAAAGUGACAUAACAGCCAUGAAGGAGACACUGCGUGCGCAACAGCAGCUUCUGCAGAAGCUGUAUGCGGAGUUGGAUACGGAAAGAGAAGCCUCAGCAACUGCAGCUAGUGAAGCCAUGGACAUGAUAUUGCGUUUGCAAGGAGAGAAGGCUGCGGUGAAGAUGGAGGCAAGUCACUACAAGAGAAUGGCAGAGGAGAAGAUUGGCCAUGCUGAGGCCACUCUUGAAGUUUUUGAAGAGCUUAUGUAUCAGAAGGAAAUGGAAAUUGCUUCUCUUGAGUUUCAAGUCUUGGCUUACAAACACAAGCUUCUAACCUUGGGGUCUGAUUUCAAUGCCAGUGAUUUUGAAUUCUCUGAAGACCUUCUGUUGAGUAGAGAUGAUGAUCAACAUAAUGAAGAAAAUGGUCAAAGUAGCACAGUAAGAAGGCUAAAUUCAUUGCCCCCUAUACAGUUUAAGAAUACCAUGAAAGCUGCCAGGAAGAGAGAAAGAUCACCAAGUCCCAUUCAAGUUCAAGAUGUACUUCCUAAAAUAGUGGAGAGCACUGACCAAGAAGUUACUUUACCAAACUUGGAUUUGCCAAGAAAAUCAGUAGACUGUGCAUAUGAAACCCUUGAUGAAUAUUGGAAACAGAUAAGAAAUUUAGAUGAAAAAGUGAAAGUGAUCUCAGAUUCUAAAGAAUCAGGAGGAGAAAAAUAUGCCAACCUGAGAAGUAGAAGAGGGAGAUCAUGUUCAAUAUUUUCACAAGUAAACACUAAGAUAACCUGUGAUCAAACAGAUAGAGUACUACCUACUAAUUCAGAUAAAGUAAAUAGCCACGAUGGUACACAGGAUAGAAAAGCAGUUGCUAGUCCCUCCUGCUCAGUUAAUGUCCAUGAUGUAUUUGAAGUCCCACAAACAAGUGAAAAGUUUGGAAUCAGUGAACAUGGGAAAAGAAGGCUUGUGAAAUGGAUUUCAGAUGCAGAUAACAGAUUAACAAAACCAGAUUCGGUGUCUGAGGAAAUCAUAGAAUCACAUGUUAAACAUGAUAUGGACAAGCUAAAGAGUAUGCUUAACGCACAUCAUGAAACCAAGAUACCUAGUCCCAAAGAUAUGAGGACCAUUGUUUGGCAGAAGAAAGAAGGGAUGGAUGUGGAUUGUAAUGCUCAAGCUGAGUUUCAAAAGUUGCAUCAGAGAAUUGAUCAGCUAGAAAGGGAGAAAACCAAUGUAAGGCAAGAGAUAAUUCAUGAAGGAGAUAGGGAAGAGCAUUUGAGGUUGUUGAACGACAUUUACAGUCAACUCAAAUUAAUGCAGUCAGAGAUGAGAAGCUGGAAAACCCAAAAAGCUGCACCUAAGGAGGAAAUUCCUUUGGGUCCCCUUCAAGAGGCAAUGGUGUACUUCUGGAUUUGAUCAAUUAAGUACAGAAUGACCAUCUCAGACAACCAAUUAACUCAGUGCAUCAUUUGGUGUACUUAUCGUUUGUCCACAAAGAGGAUUGUGUUGUAUAGGCAGGUAGAAUAGAGCUUCUAAGCCGAAUUUUAGUCACAGAAGAAUGUAUACCUUUUCAUGGUUCUAUAUUUUACAAUGAGCACUAACAUGACGGUGAUU